AUGGCCGCCGCGCCGCCCGGGCCCGCCUCGGCCGCCGCCGCCCCGCCGCCGGGCCCGAACCCGGCCGCCACCGAGAGCAAGAAGAUCACCGAGCUCCGCGUCAUCGACCUCAAGUCCGAGCUCAAGCGCCGCAACCUGGACGUCGCCGGCGUCAAGACCGUCCUCAUCGCCCGCCUCAAGCAGGCUAUUGAAGAGGAAGGAGGAGAUCCAGAUAAUAUUGAAAUAGCUGUCUCAGUUGAUACUCCAAACAAGAAACCAACAAAAGGCAAAGGUAAGAAGCAGGAAGCCGAUGAACUGAGUGGCGAUGCUUCAGUGGAAGACGACUCCUUGGUCAAGGAAUGUGAACUGGAAGCCCAAGAGGCAAGUGACCAGGAUGGGAAUGAUGAACUGAAGGACUCUGAAGAAUCUGUGGAAAAUGAAGACGACUCCUCAGCAUCGAAGGCGUCGCUUCCUGCGGAGAAGAAGAGAGCUCAUUCGAAGCGGACAGAAAAGGACUCGGGAAACCAGGGCUCUGAUGUUCAAGAUGCGGAAGAUGGAAGCUUUGCUGCUGCUCGCGACGGAGAAGAAGAGAACGAGAGAGAUAAAGCAGGUUCUGGUGAUGGUACACAAGAAGUAUCUAAGCCUCUUCCUUCAGAAGAGAGCCUAGCUGAGGCUGACCAGUCGGUUCACGAAGAGAUGGAAGCAAACGCGUCUGGGAAAGAAGCUGAGGAGGAUAACAUAUCGGUAACAAUCCAGGCCGAAGACGCCAUCACGCUGGAUUUUGAUGGCGAUGACCUUCUGGAAACAGGUAAAAAUCUGAAAAUUACAGAUUCAGAAGCAAGCAAGCCAAAAGAUGGGCAGGAUGCCAUGGCGCCAAGCCUGGAGAAGGAAGGCAAGGCUUAUGAGAUGACUGAGAACCAUAAAGAUGGUAAGAAGGAAGACGGCAUGAAGGGGGAUCCCGUCAAGAAAGAAGCCCGAGAAAGCUCGAAGAAGGCAGAAUCUGGAGACAAAGACAAGGAUACUCUGAAGAAAGGUCCCUCGUCUACUGGGGCCACUGGUCAAGCAAAGAGCUCUACUAAGGAAUCUAAAGAAAGCAAGACUGCAUCGAAGGAUGAGAAAGGCAGCGCAAGCAGUGGCGGCAGCAGCAGCUCAACCAGGAACCUGUGGGUGAGCGGCUUGUCCUCCAACACAAAAGCUGCUGACUUGAAAAAUCUCUUUGGCAAGUACGGCAAGGUCCUGGCUGCGAAAGUGGUCACCAAUGCCCGGAGCCCCGGAGCCAAGUGCUAUGGCAUUGUGACCAUGUCCUCCAGCACAGAGGUGGCCAGGUGCAUCGCCCACCUUCACCGGACGGAGCUGCACGGGCAGCAGAUUUCUGUGGAGAAAGUGAAAGGUGACCCUUCCAAGAAAGAGAUGAAGAAAGAGAGCGAUGAGAAGUCUGGCUCCAGCAGGAACCCCGGAGAGAAGAAGACAGCCUCGAGCGAUAAAGCCAGCAAGGCUCCAUCCAAAAAAGACGAUAAGAGAUCUGACAAGUCGGAGAAGAAAGAGAGUAAGGAUGCCAAGAAACCCGAAGGUAAAGAUGAGAAGAGCGAUAACGGAGCCAGCUGCCCUACUCAAGAGCCCGCUAAACCAUCUGAGGAGAAGAAGCGAAUCAGUGUGAAAAGCCCUAGUCACAUGGUAGUCCUCGACCAAACGAAAAGAGACCAGAUGCACCCAAGGCCAAUCCGGAGGGGGAGGUUUGAAAAGCCACAGAUAUUAAGGAACAAAGAGCGUUUCCUUCAAGACAAAAUGAAGUUCAGAGACUACAGAGCCCGGAAGGAUAUCUUGCCCUUUGAGAAAAUGAAGGAGCAAAGGAUGCGCGAGCACAUGGUCCGGUUGGAACGGAUACGGCGUGCCGUAGAGCUGCGCAGGCGAAGAGAAAUCGCUGAGCGUGAGCGACGCGAGAGGGAACGCAUCCGACUUAUCCGCGAGCGGGAGGAGCGCGAGCGUUUGCAGAGGGAGAGGGAGCGGCUGGAAAUCGAAAGGCAGAAGUUGGAGAGGGAGAGAAUGGAACGCGAACGCUUGGAAAGGGAACGCAUCCGCAUUGAGCAGGAGCGUCGCAAGGAAGCCGAGCGGAUUGCUCGGGAAAGAGAAGAGCUCCGGCGGCAGCAGCAGCAGCUUCGUUACGAGCAAGAGAAAAGGAAUUCUCUGAAACGACCUCGUGAUGUUGAUCACAGGAGAGACGAACCCUACUGGAAUGAAAAUAAGAAGAUGUCCUUGGACACUGACGCUCGGUUUGGCCACGGCUCGGAAUACAGCCGCCAGCAGAACCGGUUCAGUGACUUUGACCACCGAGACAGGGGCCGCUACCCAGAGGGCUCCGCCGUGCAGUCGUCCUCCUUCGAGAGGCGUGAGCGAUUUGUGAACCAAGGUGAUGGAAAAAAGACUCGGCCCACCGCCAGACGGGAAGAGCCUGGCUUCGAGCGGUACCCCAAGAACUUCAGCGAAUCCAGAAGAAAUGAGCCCCCCCAGCCCAGAAAUGAACUUCGGGACACUGACCGGCGCGAAGUCCGAGGAGACCGAGACGAGCGGAGGACCGUGAUCAUUCACGAGAGGCCGGAGCUCCCCCACGGCCGCCACCCGCGAGAGGCGGGGCCCAACCCACCCCGGCAGGCCUCGUGGAAAAACGAAGGAAGCAUCAACCCUGACAAGCGGGAUGCCAGGGAGAGGCCAGAACGGUCCAGCAGGGAAGUCGCCGGACACUCAGUGAGAGGCGCGGCCACUGGGAGCCGCAGUGGCGCCUCUGGCUACGGAAGCAGGGAGGCGGAGCGAGGUGUGAUGGAACGAGGGAGUGGGGGACAGCAUUACAAUGAAGACCGCCACGUGGUUGAGCGGCACAGCCGCGACAGUGGGCCCAGGAAGGAGUGGCACGGCGCCAGCUCGCAGGGCAGCGGCUACCAUGACACGAGGCGGAUGGGAGACAGCCGAAGUGGAAGCAGCAUGAUGGCCCCGCACUCAAGUAAUUCCUCGCCCAUUAACAGAGUUGUACAGAUCACGGGCAAUUCCAUGCAGAGGGGAAGCGGUUCUGGAUUUAAGCAGUUCAAGAGUGGACUGCCACGAAGAUACUGA